CCGCCCCCUAAUGGAGCCGCAAAGCUGUAGUCAAUGAUAUAAAAUCGUUCCAAAGGCAGGCAACCAGCUCCUUGUACAGAUAAUUUUCUCCACAAAACGCUAUAAAGAGAUCCAACACAAGUGAAAGAAUUGGAAAGGACUAAAAAUGUCCAGGGAACAAGGCUACCGCGCUGUUCGCGCAAAAUUUACCGCGGAGACCAUCACAGUUUACCAAGCGUACUCUGCCGAGAUCGCCUCUCCAGCUCUCCGCGCCGGAAAAUUCGUUCCACCGUUCAAGCGCACGCGCAUGACAUGGAUCAAGCCAUCAUUUCUCUGGAUGGCCUACCGGUCCGGGUGGGCCUCAAAGCCGAACCAGGAGCGUGUCCUCGCCAUUGAAAUCUCCCGCGAAGGUUUCGAGUGGGCUCUAUUCAACAGCUUCGUGAACUCGCACGAUAAAUCACUCUACCCGGACAAACAUGCCUUCGAGCACAGGAAACAAAACACGUGCGUCCGAGUACAGUGGGAUCCAGAGCGAGAUUUUGGGUUUAGUCCACUGUCGUAUAGGUCGAUACAGAUUGGAUUGAGCGGGGAAGCGGUGGAUCGUUAUGUGGAUGAGUGGAUCGUGUCGAUUCAGGAUGUUACAGAUCGCAUGGUCAAGAUGGAGCAGCUGGUUGCUGCUGGGAAGAUCGAGGAGGCGCAGAAAUUGAUGCCGAUCGAAGAACCGUAUCCCUUGCCGAAGCAGGUUGGGGCAGCUGUGGGAGCGUCUUCAUAGCGGCUGCGAUCCGUCACUGCUGUGCUUUGCGUAACUAUCUCAAACAAGGGUGUGGUUUCUGGUCUCGUGCACCAAAACAUUUGGUGCAAGCAGGAAUCUUCAAUGGCGCAAUGGUGAGCGAUUAUACAUUCUCUUCGAAGAAUACGUCCGUCUCUCAAGGGUAGCCAGCCAAAAUCGCGAGACACGAUUUUGAGCCUCGACGAUUUUCGAGCACCAAAGACAUGGAUGAAUGAGAAUUAGAUGGACCUUCGAAAAUAAGUGUAUAGUGUUGAUUGUGAUAUUCCAUGCAUGGAUUUGUGUCUACCUUGAGAAAGAACGCAAAGUGUUUGCGGAUGCAUGAGAAGCAACCCUAAUAUGCGGAGGUUGAAAGAAACCAAAGCCCGAUUCUUGUAAGGA